UUUCAUUUUGUUGUUCCUUCUACAUUCUCUUGUGCUUAGUCUCCACGCUUUUGCUUAGACAGAGAAGAAGAAGAAGAAGAAGAAGAAGAAGAAGAAGAAGAAUGGCAUCAUCAGCAGUGGUGAAGUCUCCCAAGAAGUCAGUCAACCUCUUCUACUCCCUUGAUUCCCAAGACCUUGCCCGCAAGGUUGCUGCUCAUUCCACCGAUAUCACUCUCCAGAAUAUCAGAUGGAGGUCUUUUGCUGAUGGGUUCCCGAACCUAUUUAUAAAUAAUGCAGAAGAGCUUCGUGGUGAACAUGUUGCCUUUUUGGCAUCAUUCAGCUCCCCAGCCCAAGUCUUUGAACAACUUUCUGUCAUUUAUGCACUCCCUCGCCUAUUUGUUGCUUCCUUCACAUUGGUAUUGCCUUUUUUCCCAACUGGAUCAUUUGAGCGAAUGGAAGAAGAAGGAGAUGUAGCAACUGCCUUCACCCUUGCAAGGAUGUUGUCUAAUAUUCCUGUUUCAAGAGGCGGCCCAACUAGUUUAGUCAUAUAUGACAUUCAUGCCUUGCAGGAGAGGUUUUAUUUUGGAGAUGAGGUUUUGCCAUUGUUUGAGACUGGUAUUCCUCUGUUAAAGCAACGCUUGCAGCUGCUUCCUGAUGCUGAUAAUGUAGUUAUUGCAUUCCCCGAUGAUGGUGCAUGGAAGCGAUUCCACAAGCAGUUUGAUAAAUAUUCAGUGGUUGUAUGUACAAAGGUUCGUGAAGGUGACAAGAGGAUAGUUCGGCUCAAGGAAGGCGACGUCGCUGGACAUCAUGUAGUCAUUGUUGAUGAUUUGGUCCAAUCUGGAAGCACCCUGAUUGAGUGUCAGAAAGUGUUAGCAGCCAAUGGCGCAGCAAAGGUGAGUGCCUAUGUCACUCACGGCGUGUUCCCUAACCAAUCAUGGGAGCGAUUUACUCAUAAAAAUGGAGCUGUGGAGAAUGCAUUUGCCUACUUCUGGAUCACAGAUUCUUGCCCACUUACUGUCAAAGCUUUAGCAAACAAAGCUCCUUUUGAAGUUUUGAGUCUAGCCGGGUCAAUUGCUAAUGCCCUGCAAAUCUGAAGACAAAAACUGAUCUAGGGAAAAAAAAAACAUUUAACAUUGUGAUAGGGGAGAUUCUUAUCUACAAUUUUUUUGCAGUUUAAGAUUACAAUUGCAUCCUUUUCACUUUGCUUGCAUUGCCAUGAGCUUAGCAAAGUGAAACCUGUGAAAUUAAUAUCUUCUGUUUUGGACGUUUGAGAUUCCCCUGAACUGAGUGUCAACUAUGGUACAAGACUUUUGAAUGCAAAUCAUCCAUUCUUGCCUGAGAUUGCUCAUCAUCAGGCAUGAGAAUUUGAAGUCAUUGUUGGAAUCCAUGUUUACAA